AUCCCACUCGAAGUAUUUAUUUUAAUCCUUCUAGUUCUAAUUCGCCAUCACCAUUUGGAGUCCAGAUCCAGCUGAGCGGUUGGGUUUGAUGUUUUCCAUCACAUCAGCGUCGACCCCUUUCCCCCUGCUUUGGACUGCUCCGGCUCAACGUCUGAAAAAAUCUGAUAGUUGGGGAAGAGUUCUUCAUGUCAGGGACUGCUGUUGCCUCAGCACACAGAGCACUGUAGCUCCAGGAUCACCUAAGCAGAUAAGCAAAUGGAUCAGAAGGAGCUGAGUGAUCCACUCAACAACGUUUCUUUGAUUAAAGAUGAUCUGACCAGGUCCAACAUGGGUUCUGCUGGUGAAUCUGAGAAAAUGAUUCAGCGCUUGAAUGAUGAACUUCGAGAGGCUCGGGAGCUAGCUAAUACAGAGAAGCAGAAAUGCAUCGAGCUAAAAGGUGUUCUGGAAGAAGAAAGGAAAGGGCAUAAACAACAAGCUGACCAAUCUUCACAACAGAUCAAACAUCUCCAAGGCCAGCUGCAGCAGCUCCAAGAGGAGGUGGGUGUUCUGAGGGAGCAGUUAAAUGUCUCCUCCGGUUCCCGUGACGAGCUACAAAGAGCACAAGAUGAGGUGAAGUCGCUGAAACGGACCCUGGAGGCAGCCUCUGCAGAGCGGGACCGUGACGUCGCCGGCAUCCAGUCUAACCUAGCAACCGCCUCCAAGGACCUGGACAAGUGGCGUCAGACAGCCAACAAAUACGAGCGGGAGAUUGAAGACCUGCGUCGUGAUCUGGAGCAGCAGAGCAAACAGUGGCAGAAAACAGCAGAAAUACAAGCCAGUGAGCUGCAGUCUAUGCAGGUGGAGUGUAAUGGUCUCCAGAAAGAGUGCUCUGUCCUGCGAUCUGACAAACAGGACAUGGUGAAUAAGCAUCAGAAAGAAAAGAACAGCCUGCAGAGCGAAUGUGCCUCUCUCAGGGCAGAGAAGGAGGAACUCCUCAAGGCUCACCAGAAAGAAAAGGCCAGUGUGCAGAGUCAAUGUGCAGCACUGCGCAGUGAGAAAGAGGCGUUACUGCAGAAACAGCAGCAGAUGGAGCAGGACCUUGUCGGUUUGCGUGGCCAGAACACUGACCUGAACAGCAAACUCAAAGUCCUGGAGGAAUCCCAGCAGGAGCUGGUGAAGAGCCUGGAUGCCCUAAAACUUCAGCAAAAGCAGGAUAACAGCAAGCUGCAAACUCAGCUGGAUGAGGCAGAAAGCCGCAGCAAGGCUCUGCAGAAAGAGUACGAGGAGGCUCAGGUGGAGCUGUCUGACUUAAAGGAAAAAUAUGAGAAGACCGAGCAGGAGAAACAGGUGCUUACAGAUCAACUGGAUGAUUUCAAAGCCGGCAUGAAGGAUUUAGAGGAGAAAGGGUCAAAGACACCCCUAUUGCUGCCUGUUCAAGCCAUAGUCAUCGGCCUUAUCCUGGCUUUGCUGUUUUGGUGCCUCGGCGCAAUGUGGUAGUAAGAAGCCGUGGAUGACCUGGGGACCUGUGGUUGCUGUGGCUCUUACAGCUGUGACGGCCGCGGUGCUCUUCAGAACCUGAGGGCAAACUUAUUAAAGCAAAACACACGCAGAAGUUUAUCCUUAUUUGAUUUGAACAGAGCUAGCCCACCUUACAUAUCUGUUCUAGUAAUCAGGUGGGCUCAUAUUUAACUGUUUAUUUCAUAAGAUGCUCUAUUUUAGAAGGUUGGAGAUGUUUCUAAAAGAAUGUGAGUGUGUAUGUCUGUUAUUUGAUGGGUAUUUAGUUGGGCUGUCUAAGGCUUGCUAUCUUGACUCAUAGGAUUAUGUGUUAAUGAAUGUAAAAACUUAAACCACAUUUAACUAAUUCUAUUUAGGCAUCUUUAAUUGUAUUUAAAGUGGAUCACUUUGAGUUUCUCUACCCGUGGCACAUUUUUUUGUAAUUGUUAGAAUAAUAAAGUUGUCACAUUAACGCUCCCUAAUAGAGUGCACACUGAGUGAAACAGAUUGAACGGUACGUCGGUUGAUGGUGUUGGAUGUUAACACUGGAGGCACAGUUUAGAUGAGCCUUUUUUGGUUAUGUUUUUUGUUUUUUUGAAGAGGGCAUCAUUAAACACAACUGCAGCAACUAGA